AUGGAGAGACACGACAUGCUGUACUCCGACGUAGAGUCCGCAUCAUCGUCAACAUACCAACACUCACAGACAGACAUCUCUAUCGUAUCAGCAUCUACGACUCCGUCGACUGUCCUUCCAGACGAGGGUAUCAUCUCAAGGACCUAUGACGCUGCCAAAACCCUGUCGCACAUCAAAUGCCCCCACCAAUUGCAGAAGGGUCACCAAAGAAACAGCCCUAACAACACAUCCACAAAAGCAGCAUUCAAACACGACUACCAAUCAUACGCACAAACAUCUCACAUGGGUAUUCUUGACCCAGCAUACAAAGUCUUUGUUAGCAAGAAAGGCUACGGUUCCUUGAUCUACAAGCUUCACGCCAGGACCGUUGUCGUUGCUGGUGAUCCACUAUGCUCAGAGUUCCAUCGCCAAGCACUAUUCAGUGAGCUUCGGCGCUACCGUUGGGCUCGCGGUCUAUCACUUGCAUUCGUCGGAAUCAGCGAAGAGUUUGCCAAGUAUGCCCACCAAAAGGGCUGGGCGACGAUGCAUUUUGGCCACGAAGCCGUUCUCAACCCUCUUACCAACAAGGUCCUCCGCAAGCAAGCAGGCAAGCGCAUCAUCUCCCAGAACAAGCAGCUUCUCGACCCAAAGCGCGGGGGUGUUAGAAUGAACUUCUAUAGCCCCGCUGUGAACGAGGCAGAUCCUGAGCUAGAGCGACAGCUGCAGGAUCUUUACGACGAUUGGAGGGAGGACCGAAACCGGAAGCACGGAGAUGGCUCACAAGCUUUCGUCACUGUCUACGACCUCUUCUCUCUUCCCAAAUCCACAAUCUUUCUAUACACUUCCGACCGCGAUGGCAAGAUCAACGGACUUGCCACACUACGAGAACUUGGCGCAGAGAAAGGAUAUCACCUCGAUCCCUGCAUCGCAUCCCAAGAUGCACAACGAGGAAUUUCAGAUCUCCUCCUGUUCACUGCCAUGGAGAUUCUCAAGGCUUCCGACGUAGGCUACAUGAGCCUUGGAAUUGAGCCUCUCGACGAGGUUCAAGAGGUCACAGGGUCAUCGAAGCUUGUGUCACGGCUCUGGAAGGAUGGCUACAACCAGAUGAUCCAGUCUGUGCCCGUGACAGGCAAAGCAGCAUACUUUAAGAAGUUCUGCCCAGAUGAGUCGCUUACGUCGAAACUUUAUAUCUGCAUACCCAGCAAAGGCAUCCCCGUUCGAAGAUCAAUCGCACUACUGCAAUUCGCGAACAUGAACCCCAGCCAGCUAUUUACUCAAAUACACUUGGGAGAUCGGCACAAGGAAAAGCAAACACCACAAUCAUGA